AAAUCACAAGCCUGACACUUCAGGAAGGAGAAUUGUUGAUAGACAACCAUUUGUUCAGGGUAUAGUAUCUGGUGGAGGGAGUAGCCAAUGUGUCAUUUGUCUGGUGAGUUCCAGCAUGGUUGCCGAAACUUUGGACAAAAGGAAUCAGAAUUGGUUUGUGCGGACGAAAGUUGCCAAUGAUUUGAUCAUACAAGUUGGAGAUACCAACUUCCACUUGCACAAGCUCCCUAUGGUCAUGAGAAGUGGAUACUUGAACAGACUAGUAUUCCAGCUGACAAGUAUUGGUGAGAGAGAAACCGGCCUCAAAAUCCGUAUAGACAAUCUUCCAGGUGGAUCCAAAAUUUUUGAGUUAGUCGUCAAGUUUUGUUAUGGUUGGAAGGUUGAUCUAACAGCUUCCAAUGUUGCUCCACUGUAUUGUGCUGCACAUUUCUUGGAGAUGUGUGAUGAUUUUGAAGAAGGAAAUCUCAUGUCCAAAACUGAGGCAUUUUUAAGUUUUUUGAUAUUUUCAUCAUGGAAAGACACUUUCCGGAUUCUGAAAAGCUGUGAAUCCAUUUCUUCCUGGGCAAAAGACUUUAAAAUCACAAAACGAAGCUCGGAAGCCAUUGCUUGGAAGGCAUGCACAAACCUUAAGGCGCCUAGUCAUGAAGAUGAUGAUAUGCAGUGCUUUAGUUUUCUGUCAAAUAAUGUAGACUCAAAAGUUGAAGGUGCAGUACUUGACAAUUGGUGGUUUGAAGAUGUUUCAACCCUACGAGUAGAUCAUUUCAUCGAAGUCGUUCAAUCCCUAAAAUGUAAAGGGAUGAGAGCAGACCUUGUUGGAUCAUGUAUAGCUCACUGGACUGUUAAAUGGCUUUCAAGAAUCACCUCUGGACUUGAAAGUAUGAUCCCCAAGCACAUGACCCACCAAUACGUAAGAGUUACAAUCGAGUGCUUGAUUAAGGUACUGCCUGUGGAAGAGAAAUCUGUUACUUGCAAUUUUAUACUUCACCUUCUGAAGAUAGGCUUCGUGACAAAAGUGAACUCUGAUUUACUGAGUCUGCUUGAACGAAGAAUAGCUUUCAUGUUGGAUCAAUGUCGUCCUCUUGAUCUCUUAGUUAGGAACUAUGGAGAUAAAGAUAGUGUCUAUGAUGUGAAUCUUGUUAUAAGGGUGGUAGUGGCUUAUGUUUCCAUUGUUUCUAAGAGUACCACGCCAAAAAUGUUUGCUGUUGGAAGGUUGGUGGAUGGGUAUCUUACACUGGUGGCAAAGGAUGAGAACCUUAAGAUGAAUACUUUCCAGUCACUUGUAGAAGCAAUGCCUAAAGAGGCUCGUUUUUGCGACGACGAUCUCUACAGAGCCAUUGACAUGUACCUCAAGGCACACCCUAGCUUAACCGAAGAAGAAAGAAUGACUCUAUGUGGCUCCUUGGAAUAUCACAGACUGUCCCAAGAGGCUCGUGACCAUGUAGCAAAGAAUGAUCGAUUGCCUGUGAAGAUUACGACACGAUUUAUUCUUCUUGAACAAGUGAACAUGACAAGGUCAAUGACAGCUAUUGGUUCGAAUUACCGAAGAACAAAGACCGAGGCAAUUGUGAGAGUGAACAAAGGUUUAGAUAAAGGACGGAUGAAUUCACAGAAGGAACUAAACUUGAUGACAAAAGAGGUUCAGACAAUCAGGGUGCAACUUCAUGAUUUGCAUAUGUGCAAACUAAAGCUUCAAAAUCAACUGAAAGGAUGUAUCAUAUAGGGUAUAAAGUUGUAGCUGUUGAAUAAUAAUGUCUUAAAUUGAUAGUUUCAAUUG